GGGCACUGGAUAAAGACGUACGGAAAGGUGUUCGGCAUGUACCGUUCCGGGUCCCCGGUGCUGGUGAUAGGCGACGCGGAAAUGAUCAAGCAGUGCUUCGUAAAGGAAUUCGACGCCUUCCACGACAAGCCGGGACCCCCAGUGCUUGUGGAGCCCUUCAAGGACAGUCUGCCGUUCUUGAAAGGUGACGAAUGGAAAAAAGUGCGCACGCUCCUCAACCCGGCGUUCAGCACAGCGAAGAUGAGGCUGAUGAUGCAGACCAUCAACGAGUGCGCCAAUGUGUUUGUGGACAUAUUGACUGAAUCUUCCCAAAAAGGAGAAGUCUUGGAGAUGUACAAGGUAGCCCAAGGUCUCUCACUUGAUGUCAUCACAAAAUGUGCUCUGGCCUGGCAGGUGGACUGCCAAAGGAAUCCGGACGAUCCUCUGCUCAAAGAACUUAAGAACAUAUUUCGCAAUACCAACAAUGUUGGAGCGAGAAUUUCUUUCUGGUUCCCAGCACUUAAAAACGUAAUCGAAAUACUUCACAAGAAAUGGCAAUUUAUGGUCACCCAAGAAAAUAUAAUCGCCAACCUCCGCAACGUAAUCUCUCUUCGACGGCGCGGUCAAGCGCCUCCGGUACCAGAUCUUCUUCAGCUGAUGCUGAACUGCCAGUCGGACACCAGCAACGAUAGAGACCACACUGAUAAGAAAAACCUGCUCCUUGAAGACCGCAUGCUUAUCGCUAACUGCUUCAUUUUCAUCUUAGGCGGCUUGGAAACGACAUCGCUGGCCUUGGCUUACACCUUGUUCCUCCUUGCCAAGCACCCUGAAGAGCAGGACAGACUUUUCCAGGAGCUCACAGACAUGUUCCCUGGUAACCAAGAACUCAGUUCAGACGACCUCCGCAAGCUGAAACGUCUGGACAUUGUUUUCAAAGAAAGCUUGCGCCUGUACCCACCCACCGUGGCAUUUGUGUCUCGUAUUUGCCGGCGAGACAUUACAGUGAUGGGCCAGUUCAUCCCGUCAGGUACCAUCGUCACAGUCCCUGUGUGGCACCUUCACCACGAUGCUGAUUACUGGCCGGAUCCUUUCAAGUUUGACCCGGAGAGAUUCAGCGAGGGUCAAGAGAGGCACCCACCCGAAGCGUACGCUCCGUUUGGCCUGGGACCUCGUGCCUGCAUUGGCAGCCGCCUUGCAAUGCUCGAGCUGAAAGCAACCCUCGUCAAAGUGGUGCGAAUGUUCAAGAUUCUGCUGUGUGAGGAAACGCAAGAUCCGCCCAAGAUUCGCAUCCCGCUCUCCUUGACUUUGCCUGAAAAUGGAAUACGACUGAAGCUGGAGCGUAGGGUCCCAUAAAAAUGAUUGUCAGUCUCAGCAGAGCACGAUUAUU